AUGCGACGGGUAAGUCGUCGCCAUCUGGCGGCGGUGGUGGUGCUGUUCAUCACCACCUUACCGCACAUAAUCCAUAAUCAGAAUCUUGGUCUCGGAGGAAUUAAUCAGAAUAUCGGUGGAACGCCACAAAAUCCCACAAUUAAUCAAGUGUCUCCCGGUCAAAUUUUCUCAGGAACAGGCAACAAUCCAUAUUAUGGAGUGAAUCUCGUUCCAUUCGGACCAGAAGCCGGUGAUUUGAUGGUGAAUCCGUCGAUGUUAACUGCUGGAAUGACCAUCGAUUUGUACAUGUUCUUCCCUUAUUAUGGAGGACUUUACAAUUACACAACAAUUUCCGUCAACGGAUAUCUUGGUUUUGCGACCGUCCUCGACCAGGGACCGACUAUCAAUGUUGGACCUGAAACGACCGAUUGGCCACGUCAAGAAGAUCCAGCGAUGAUUGCUCCAUACCUCUGCAAACAACAAGUUCCACAACAAGGAAAUCCGGCUCGUCGUGCUGGAGUCUAUUAUCGUCUUCUCCUCCGUCAAUCACUUUUCGGAAGAGAAUCCAACUCAAAUCUCAAUUUGGGAGGUACUCUUCAACAGAACGCUUUCUUCGGUCAGGCAGCUAGUCAAGCUUGUCCAGGAACAGCCGACAGUUAUGUCAGAUGUGACUCAAACAGUGACUAUUUCCUCGAUCAAAUGAUGAUUUGGGUUCAAGAAGGAGUUGCUGGAGGAGCUAUGUUCCGUGCUGAUGCUGCUGUCGUUGUCACGUGGUACAACACUGCCUCUGCUAUUUCUGGAAGAUCUGAUAUUGAUGCUGGACAGACUGGAACUUAUCAAGUUGUUUGGUUGACUGACUCGACCGCUCGUCUUUCGUAUGUCAUCAUCAACUACGAUCGUCUUGGAUUCGAUGCUCAGGACUUCCGUGGAAACUCAAGAUCCGGAAGAUGUCGUGCCGUGUUCAACGGAGGUAACCACACGGGAACUGUUGAAGUUGAUCCAACUCAACCGUACAAGAACACACCAAAAGUGUUGGCUCAAAGAUCUGGAGUUCCACAUAUGGUCAGAGGAAGAUAUAUGUUCAGAGUGGAUGAUGUUGUCAGACCAGCCGGAUGCUCGAACAAAACUGGAGGAACAUACCCCAUCAUGAUCUACCCAAAUAUUGUGAACAUGUUGGGAGACAUGACUGUCGAUGUCAAUGCUUGCUGCUUGGAUCGUACCCAGACAUACAUUAUGAUGAUUGAAGAAAGAGAGGUCGCCACGUGUCAAGUCAUCAAUCCAGCCAUUGCUAGAUGUAGUCUUCCAAGAAUUUAUGAUUGGGGAACUAAGACUGUCUAUUUCCAACCAGAAUCCAGAGGAGCGAAUGAUGAAAAAGCGUUCGUUGGUUAUAUUUAUUUUGUACCGCCUACACUUGAUCCGAUGAGAUUAGAUAUUGGUAAUAUCUAUGAAUGGUAUAAAAACCCGAUGACCAAUUAUCUCAUGCCAAUCACCUGGUACCCCAGAAAUUUCACCAAUCCAGAUAUUCUCACCAAUGGAAAUAACAUGGGAGUACGUAUCUCUGACGACUCGAUGUAUGGAGUGCAACUCGGUCUUUACAUCGUCGGAUACAGAGAGUUCAAGGAUGACGAAAUCAAGAAAUUCCGUCCAGAAUACCGUACCCUUGCUCGUAUCACCACUUACAGUAACCAGAAUAAUGCGAAUUAUCGUUGGAUGCCACAGGAAGAGGUCAUUAACACGAACCAAGUUCAACAGUGGUACCUUACUGAUUGGGAGAGAAUGCACACUCUCUACACUUAUCGUGUUGGAUUCUUCAAACUGGCUCCAAUCAAUCCGAAUGAUAUGAAUGGAACUCAACUUCUGCCGGGUCUUGUCUCUGCUCCAAUCUCGUUGCAUUGGUUGUGGACACCUGAGAAUCAACAGUUCUCUACAUUGACUUUGAAUCAACAGGAUAGAGAUCAACGAGUCGAAUUUGUGAAGGAGAAGUCUAGAGAAAUGUGUCACGAUUGGUACGAUGAGGAUGGUGCUUUGUGGAAUUUCAUCAGGGAUACUGAAACCAAUACCUCUUGUCCUUGCAUUGAGACUCAAGCUCUUUUGGAUUUGGGUCGAUUCAUGCCUCAUCCGAGAUGCUCUCAAAUGUUCCGUGAUAUUACUUGUACAACAGUUAUCGGAUCUAAGAAUUGUUAUAUGUCAUCUUCGAAUAUUUAUUCCAGUUAUGCAGGCGGUGGAAACACAUUCAAUAAUCAGGACACGAACCGCUUCAUGACUCACUACGGUCAAGUUUGUUGUUAUGAUGAGUCUGGAUUUUUGAUGCAAACACCAUAUCAACCUGUUAUCAAAACGCAGAGGGAGUAUUUCUACAAUCCUGGUUAUCCAUUACGUGCUUACGAGUUUGGUACAGCACCGUAUAUGGGACAGUUUGAGGUACCUGGUUUAUCAGUAUUCCACAACGACUACAUGCCCUACUUCCUUUGUUGCAAGUUUGCGGAUUUCCGAUGUCAAAUGUUCUAUUGGAGGCGACCUUCAUCGGCGUGUCAGCAGUAUCAACCGCCGGCUAUAGGUCACGCGCAAGGAACUGGAGUAUUCCAGACGAUUGACAAUGACAAAUUCAUUUUCAAUCAACCUGGGGUUUUCAAUUUCUUAUACAUUCCUCAAUCUGUUAGAACUCCAGAAGUGAGAAUUCAGACAAGACUAGAAAGAUAUCCGAACAGAAAAGUAGACUUCGGUCUUCUUGGAAGAUACAUCUCUCAAUAUGAACUUGUGCAACCAACAAAUGCAACUGUUAUCACUGGAAUCGCCAUGGAAGCUACUGGAACUGAGAGAGUUAUUGUAAUGACUCGUAAGGAUACACGUCGAUUCCGUUACCGUACCAACAUCAUUGUUGGAAAUAUUCUUCGGUACUUCGAUACGAUUCGUCUUCAAAGAUUCCGUGGAGUUCUGAUUUAUGUGAACAAUGUUGAACGUGGUCAACCGGAGAUCUACGUGGUUUUGGAGGAGGCUCAAAUCGGAGUGAAGGUCACUGAAAGUUAUGCUUUGGAUAUCGACCGUCUUCCAAAUUACCAGGAGAGUAUGGGUAUCCUCGAUAUCCAAAUCUCAGUGUCACCUCAAUACGGAGUACGUCCAGAUGGAGAUAAGACACAGGAGGCACAGUAUAGACAGUUGUAUAAUCUGCCACGUGUCAGUGGAUUGAUCAGACCGUAUCCGGAUCAGACUAGUGGAUCUUUGAACGAGGGAUUGACAUUGAAUGAUGUGAAUUCAGAUGCCUACAGACAACAGAUUAUUAAUAAUUACCUUGUCCUCGGAUCCGGAGAGCCAGGAACCCAACAGAACCAAGCUGGAACUCUGAAUCAAAUGAUGCCAUCUGACAACAUGUUCACCACAUCGAGAGAUGAAGACAAGCAAUUUGAUGUGUUCCCAGAAGCAAGCAUGAGAUCUGAACCAGUUUAUAAGACAGCUCCAGUUUUCGAUACUGGCUCAUACCGUUUCGUUCCACAAACUGGAUCUAUGAUUCUCCAACUUUUGAACACUUGUAGAGAUUUGCAGAAUAAUCCGAACACCGAUCUUCAACCAUACCAGAGCAUUGCCACGUUGAGUUAUGGACUUCAAUGCCCUGAUGAUCCAGGAUCUGUGCUGACAGAAUGUGGAGAUUCAGUGGCUUGUCUCUACGAUUAUGCUCUCUUGAAUUCAAAGAUUUUGGGACAAGAAGAACAAGACGCGUGGAAUAUGUUCACCACGGACAGAGCUUUGGCUAUCAGACAAUACAACAGUUGCGGAGCCAUCAACAUUGAAUAUCCAGAAUACAUGAUGAAGACACCUGCUCUGUCAUCUGGAUAUUUGCAAGGAGAUGUGGCGAGAUUCGAAUGUUAUCAGUCUCAUUGGGUUAAGGGAGAUCAUGAAUACAAGUGCGGAAUUGUUGUUGAUUACAACCGUCCAAAUGAGUAUCGUUUCGAAUGGAACAAGGGAAAUCAGCCAUGGUGUAGAUCAAGAAUCAAGGAAAAUUACUUCAAGUGGUUGGCAGUUAUCUUCGGAAUCGUCGGAAUCAUCAUCGUCAUCCUUCUGAUAUUCCUUGUCUUCUGGUGCAUCAAACAAAAGAAACGACAAGAGAGUCGACAAUAUUCUGGCACCGCCGCCUACAGUAAUAAUGCAUUCCAAAAUCAAACAUACGAAACGAAACCGCCAAGGACACUGUCUGUUGGAGAUCUAUCGAAUGCUCCACGGACUGUGAAUAUGCCACCGCCACGUGGCACAACUGCAACUCCGAUGACAAUGGAGCCACGUGGAUUCUCGCCUGCUCCAACGGAUAUUCAGGGAUCGCAGGGAGCAGGAGUGCUCGGAUUGAAUACCAGUGUUUAG